UUUACUGAAGAGGAUAGCACUGGAAAAAAAAGAAAAAGAAAAGAGAGACCGAUAAAGAAGUGGGGAGAGUUGGAGAGAGGGUUUACAGGAAGGUAUGAAUUCCUAUUUCGCAAAUCCGUCGCUCUCCUGCCAUUUGUCUGGAGGUCAAGACGUUUUGCCCAACGUGCCCCUUAACUCCACCACCUAUGACACUGUCAGACAUUUUUCGUCGUACGGUGCUGCUGUGACCCAGAAUCGGAUAUAUGCACCUUUCUAUUCGCCUCAAGACAACGUCGUAUUCGGGUCUGGCAGGGCACAGUAUGAAUAUGGAUCAAACGUAUUUCUUCAAGACAAGGACGUGCUCCCCAGUUGUAGGCAAACAAACAUGGGACUCAGUACACAAAGCCACAUUGCUCAAGAGUACAGUUUGGAUCAAGCACGAGCAGGAGCCCAAGACCAGAAAAGCAACAUCCCGAUCUACCCGUGGAUGCAGCGAAUGAACUCACACAGCGGAGUCGGCUAUGGGUCAGACAGGCGCAGAGGACGUCAGAUAUACUCUCGUUACCAAACACUUGAGCUAGAGAAGGAGUUCCACUUCAACCGCUACCUGACCAGACGCAGACGUAUCGAAAUCGCGAACGCCCUGUGUCUGACUGAGCGCCAGAUCAAAAUCUGGUUUCAGAACCGCCGCAUGAAAUGGAAGAAGGAGAGCAACCUAACGUCCACGGUGACUGGGAGCGAACAGACAGCAGGCUCUCCGGAGGAGGAACGCAAUGGCGCGGAAGACGAGAAAGACCAGGAAAAGAAAGGAGAGUGA